AUGGACCGUGCAUUCGAGCGGGCCUUCACAAAGGUGCAUGCCGGCGUAGCAGCUGCCAUACCAGAUCCGGAGGCAAAGCAGGCCGCGAAGGUGCAGUCUGAGGAGGACCGACUGCGGCAGGAGACAGCGCCGAUCACCGCAGCUGACGCGGUGCAGCGCAUAGCACUAGCCUUCCGUGAUGGCGAUUACUUCAGGCUGCUGCAGCUGCCCAAGCCAGACGUGGACGAGCUGGGGCGACCAGUCUGGGGCUGCACAGACUCGGAUGUUUCGAAGGCGUACCGGCGGCUGUCCGUUUAUGUGCACCCCGACAAGGUUGCGGGCGACGCGGCGCGGAAGGCUUUUGAGCAGCUGAACCAGGCAUACCGGGAGCUGCGAGACCCCGGGAAGCUGGAGGAGCUGUUGAAACGUGCGGCGGUGGCGGCCAAGGGGGAGAAAGAGAAGCGCGAGGCGGCGGCCACAGUAGCAGAGCGUGUGGAGAUCAACGCACGCGCCACCGAAAAGAAGAAGGAGCUACGGAAACAGGAGCUGAGCAGCUUCCAAUCGGAGAUCAUGGCUCAGAUGCAGAAGCGGAAGGAAGAGGCGACGCGCAAGCGGCAGGCGGUCAGCAGCUACAGGCGGCGGGGAGACGGGGAAGAGGAGGAGGGGGCCUUGAAAUCAAAGCCGCCGGGCGGCGGCAGCAGCAGAGACGGCGGCAGCUUGAAAGCUGACGGCGGCGGCAGAGAGGGCGGCGGCAGCGGCAGCGAGGGUGAGGACGAGUGGCAGCGGCGCAAGAGCAGCAGCAAGCGGAAAAAGGUGUUCAUAUGA